AACACCGACUAGCUGUAGUUUAGAAGUUGGUGAAGAAGAGCGUGUCAAUCUACUUUUGUCGUUGUGAGGGCUAGUUGUGCCCAAUCCUUUUGACCUCUUCCCAAGAACUUGACAAGACUAGCAUGUUCUGAACGCAGUCUGAUCUUGCCAUGUCACUGGCAGAAUGGCCGACGAAGAGCCGCAAAGCGGUUGGCGACAGUGUGACGGUAGAGGACCUUCUGGCGCACCAUUGGCGAACGGGAUGAAACGGCGGAGACGAUCGGCCAGUGCAAUGGCAGCUUGUCACGAAGCAAGGAUCACGGUUCUACUGGGCGUUAUUGUGCCGUUGUUGUUUGGGGCUGUUGUGCCUUCCCAGAGCAAGUUAUCAAGUGUUGCAAGCACCGGACUAGUGCACAGCACGGCCAGACCUGCACCGAUUGUUGUCGGGGCACUCUAUCCUCUGUUCCGUGCGGGUGCCGAUCGGCGUGUAUGUAACGAGAGUAACCUGUGGCUAAGACUGCAUCUGGUGCAGACACUUCUGUACACGCUGAAACGCUACCACUCCGACGCUGUUCGUAAUCUCUCUCUCCAUCCAGAGUACCUGCCCGAGCGAUUGUCCUCAUCGGAGCUCGGACAUGACAUUCGAGACUCGUGCGAUUCCAUAGCUACCAGUGUGGAACAGAUCAAGGCCUUUCUGGACGUCCCGCUAGGAGAGGGUCAAAAGGAACUUUGUAAUCAUGCUAUCAAGAAAUGCUUCAGAGAAAUGGAGUGCUGCAACCAGGUCCAGGAAGCCAACGGAAAUCAGCCAAGUUGCACCGCUGCUCGCACGAGUAAUAUCCCCGGUGAUGUAUCCAACCAAGUGGAUCAGUAUUGCACAAUUCCUCAGAAUCCUGGCCAGAGAGGUCCGCCGCGGGACUCUCCGAAAGCGAUUUUCGUUCUUGGCCCUACCAGCUCGGAUUUGGCUCAAGUCUUGUCACCAGGCAUGAGCUCAUUCCAGGUGCCUCACAUCACGUUCUCCGCUACCAGCGCUACGUUUGCCGACAAGACCGAUUACAAGUACUUCUUCCGCUUCAUCGCGUCUGACCAGUGGCAGGCGGCAGCCAUGGUGGAUAUCAUACUUCGCUUCAAUUUUACACACAUCAUUGCCCUGGCAUCUAAUGAUGCUGCGUACGGCGUCUCCGGCUUGGAGUUCUUUCGCAAGAACACGCAGAAGCACACACGCAUCUGUAUUGCAAUGCAGGACACCUUUCACUACAGCGAUAGCAGAAAGAUGCACGAGAUUGCCCGCGGUAUGAUUACACACAGCAACGCUCGCGUGGUUAUCCUCUUUGCAAAGUAUAUCUAUGCAAAAGCACUCUUCCAGGUACUGGCUCUGCCCGAGUAUAACAUCACCGAUCGUAUCUGGAUAGGCAGUGAGGCAUGGGGUACACAUUCAGCUGUGAUGCUGAAUAACCCUGUGGUACGCACCGCACUGUCAUUCUUUCCCAAAACACCGGGCCAGUUUGAUGAUUACCGGACGGCUCUGCAUGAGGAUUACCAUCGCUACCUGCACACUCUUCAACCUACCCUGGAGGAGUUAGAGCUGGACCCGUGGCUACUCGACUACUGGCAGACAACAUUUAAAUGCCGUCCGCUCUCCACAUUAGACCAAAGUGUACCGGCUGUGAAUGCCUCUUACAGCUCAGAAGACAAUAACACUGCGUCAAGCACUUCACUUCCCCCCUGUACUGGCAAUGAGUCGCUAAAGGAUAUCUUUCCAUUUCCCUGGGCAUCAUUGGCGGUGAUGACGGGCAAUGUCGGCAUACAAGCUGCCAGGUCAGUUGUCAACGCCAACACCAAACUGUUGGGGCCAUUGUUUCAUAGCAAGCUGAUGAACGUGACCCUGCCUUGUGUUGAUCCCCUUUUUCCAACGGCCAGGGGCCGUUGUCCUGUGUUUGCGGCGGAUCAAGACAUUUCACCCGAGUACCAGGUCUAUAAUCUCAAUCGAUCAACCGGUGCUGAUCGCCUGCAGAACAUUGGUGUGUGGCACAUGGCAUUGGGCCGCGGUACCCUCUAUUUGCGAGAUGACGUCAGCAUUGACUGGGGCGAUCUGCUCCCAGCUGGAAGUACUACUCCUAAUCAUCCGCAGUUCUUUUGUUCGGAAACAUGCCGGCCGGGAUACGAGCGUAUCUUUGACAGCGGCUCGGCAUCUCGCUGCUGCUGGAGCUGCAAAGCGUGCGCUGGAAAUAGCAUCUCAAACACAUCCAACAGCGACCGUUGCUCACAGUGUCAGCUGGGUUACAUGUCGAGCAACGCUCGCACGGCUUGUGUAAAAAUCCCGGUAAUGUCGAUAUCGUUGACGAGCGGUGGUGUCCUUGUUCUGCUUGUGCUGAACCUGCUGCUGUCUGUAACCGUGGUGAUCACUAUGGCACAGUUCUACCAGUACAAAGAGGAGUUUAUCGUGAAGGCAAUGGAUUACCCACUCUCCAUGAUCAUCCUGUCUGGCAUGCUCAUGAGCAGUAUAACCAGUCCUCUCCUGCUUGUCCCACCCGGUGAUCUAGUGUGCAGACUAUCACGUAUCAUUGUCGUGCCAUGGCCACUGGUGACCACUUCUGCAGUGCUCAUCAAGACUCUGCGCCUCGCCAGAAUCAUAUCCAAGACACAGACACUGCGCGUCACUCACGAGAUGGUCAGUCUGAAGUUGAAGAGCCAGAUCCUCUUCAUUGCAGCACUGACGGGCGUUGGCGUCGUCCUGGUGAUUGCAUUUGAAAUGUCCAUGCCAACUGUGGCCGAGUUCAGCUAUCCUCUGCCAAACAAGGUGUACUAUGCAUGUACAUUCAACAGACCACGCUUCUUCACAGUGACCGGAUACACCAUGUCCCUAGUAGCUGUAACGUGCCUUUGUGCAUUCCGCACACGGAAGCUGAAGGGUGAUUUUGAUGAUGCCCGCUACCUGAUGUUUGCAAGUUUCGCCGUUGCAAUGGUGUGGCUGUCUUUGUCGCUUGUUAUUCUUCUCAGCACUGACGAAUGCACACGCCCAAUUGUGGAGGGAGCAACAUACCUUGCCAACAUGUUGUCCAUCCUGCUGUGUCUGUUUACUCCCCGGCUCUAUUUCAUAUUUCGGCAUCGCAGAAGAGGCUCGUACGGGGUGAACAGCCCUCGUUCUGACAGUGAUGACCAGAACACGGGAAAUUCCUGUCGGCGUAUUUCAAUCGGUAUCCGCAAUGGUGUCAAUGCCUUGGCGAUGAAACACCACUUGUCCGUAUCUCGUGUUUCAACACGGUCGUGCAGCUCAGUGUCAGCCAUGCCGAGCCCCCCGCAACUUACGUCCACGCGCUUUGACAGAAGGAGUUGUUCAAGUGUGGCGUCAAAUUCCGCUUGCCAAAGCGGUAAUUUUGCACGCCUAUCAGACAGCAGUAGUAUUCGCAAACUGUCCACAUCAGCGUCUGCAAAGACAUGUUUGGGCCAGAAAAGUGGAGCAGUGGAUGGCUACACACUAGCAAACCAAUUGGCUGCACUAGGUGCCGCAGAGCCUGGUAUUCUGGAGUGCAGUGAGACAAGUGUAGCCAUGUUGACCAUGUUCCAGACACAGUCCAAGGAGAAGAAAGCUACGGGCAAGGAUGACCCAUCCAAGACCUGGCCAGAACCUGUGCAUGAAGAGUCCAGUUUGUCAGAUAAUGGCAGUGAAGAAGGGGCUGACGACAUGAGUACAAGAAGCCCAGCUGCUUCACAAUCCUGCCGCCGCACAACACCCAUUGCAAACACCAUGCCAAGUGGUCGGAAUAGCACUACGAUCAGCAACCAAAGUCGUUUCAAAAGCUUCGAAGAGGUUUUCUCAGAUGACAGUGACGAUGUUGGUAGUAGUGGCGGCGAUUCUGUUACAGCGGCUGAUGCUGAGAAAGGCAAACCCACUGUUAAACAGCAACCGGAAAUGAAAGAGUCGCAAGUAGUAUCUACGUCACAGUCUGACACACUGGCACCGCUACUGGCCUCAGCAUCUCCCAAGAUUGCCUUUCAGGGCCGCUGCUGCAGUGCAAAGCAGCAACACUCAAGCAGUCACUUCUCCGACUCGCAAGGCACAAGCCACCCAGAUUGUGCAGACGCUGCACAGUCAACUUGCGAUGGCCAUGUCCAGCUGCACCGUCGCCGGGCAAGCAUCCCUGUACGCAGUCUUUGCAGUGUGUGCAAAACCUACUCAGCUGACUCGAAAUGGUCCACCAUGUCAAGCAGACAUUCUACAGGCACGGAGCGAACACUCGUUGCUGGGUUUUCAAUUGAUGACGGGGAAUACCACCAGACAGACCAGCCAACAGGUUCUGAUCCAUUGGCCACGAAUGCCGGUACCAAUGCACACAAGAGCAUAUUGAGUGAAAAUGAUAGGGAUAGCAGCAACUCUGGCAAUGGCAACUUGAGUGACCGAAGGAGUUGUGAUGCACCGCUGAGCAGUUCUUCAGAGGUGUCUGGAUUUUCUGCCCAGCUGCCCAGCCAACUGAUGUCGUCUAGUGAAACAUUUACUGAAAGCAACUGAAGGAAUCCGUCCGAGUUACUCGCUGAAUGGCCGCAGUAGAAACCUGAUUUAGAAUUCCAUCUAAAACUGAGUACUAUGCACCCACCCACCACCAGCAUACGUGAAUCAUCACUCAGUGCGGAACAUUCGGACGAGUGCUGCCCAUUUCAAAUCACCCCAGGACAAAUUCAUUUCAGCAUUUCAGGUUCCACUUUUUGACCAUCCGGGCCAUUUUUGUUCUUUCUUACCCGGCAUUGCUAAGUGAUGGAGGCUUGCCCUCUGUUGGGCAGAUCCUACUUGGCUGCUGGAAUGGUUGGUCUCUCAUGCAUUUUUUGUGUAUAAUUCAUGAUGUCAUUGCGUUUCUGAUAGUGUCAUUAUUAAACUAGUAUAAUGUUAGGUACACAGAGUGCAUCUGCACAGCAUUCUAACUUGAUGACUUUCAAAACUACAUGUACCGUUGACAUUUCACUUGUUGCAACCAAUAAUUAUUUAUCUC